AGCAAAAGGCGGCGUGGAAAAGGCGUGAUGACGCCAUCAAACAGGGACCCAGUAGGGGAGAGGCCCUCGGGAACGUGCGGGUGGUUGUGCGAGGGUGGUUUGAGCCCAGGGAGGUCGGCCCAUGAGAGGCAGCGGGGGCUUGCUGGCGUUUCCUCCGAGGAACGGUGGGUCUGGCCUGUGCAGGCAGAGGGGGCUCAGCCAUGGUGCGGUUCCCACUCCAGAGGCUGAUCCAGCCCAUAAAGGGCAAGCGCUGUCUCUCAGGCUGCAAGUUCUGUUUCUUUCGGAAUUUGUCCAUCCUUCCAGUUCAGCAAAGGAAGAUCCCAAACCGGUACCUAGGCCAACCCAGCCCUUUUACACACCCUCAUCUUCUCAAAGCAGGAGAAGUAACGCCAGGGGUGUCGCAAGUGGAAUAUGCUCUCCGUAGACACAAGCUCAUGGCUCGGAUAAAUAAAGAGGUGCAAGGAAUGGACCACACAGUGAUUCUGCUCUCCAAUCCCACCUACUACAUGAGCAAUGAUAUUCCAUACACCUUCCAUCAAGAAACUAACUUUCUGUACCUAUGUGGGUUCCAGGAGCCUGACAGUAUCUUAGUGCUGCAAAGUGUGCCUGGCAAACCUUUACCUUCACACAAAGCUCUGCUCUUUGUCCCCCGACGGGAUCCAAGCAGAGAACUGUGGGAUGGGCCACGGUCUGGUAUUGAUGGUGCAAUGGCUCUCACGGGUGUGGAUGAAGCAUAUAAUAUAGAAGAAUUUAGACAUCUGGUAGCAAAAUUGAAAGAUGAAUCUUGUAUGGUUUGGUAUGAUUUUGCUAAACCUGUGCAUUCACAGCUCCAUUCUGAUUACUUGCUGCACCUAGCUGAGGUCAAGGCUAGAAGCAAGAACCGAAUCCGAUCCAUCCGGCAUCUAGUACAAAAUUUACGGCUAAUUAAAUCCACUGCAGAGAUUGAGAGGAUGAAAAUUGCAGGCAAGGUGACAGCCCAGGCAUUAGUAGAGACAAUGUUUGCAAGCAAAGCUCCAGUGGAUGAAGCAUUUCUGUAUGCUAAGUUUGAAUUCGAGUGCCGUGCUCGUGGUGCUGACAUUUUGGCUUAUCCUCCUGUGGUUGCAGGGGGCAACAGGUCCAAUACUUUGCAUUAUAUAAAAAACAACCAGCUCAUUAAGGAUGGAGAAAUGGUUUUACUGGAUGGGGGAUGUGAGUUGUCCUGUUAUGUAAGCGAUAUCACCCGCACUUGGCCUAUCAAUGGCAGGUUCACCAGUCCCCAAGCAGAGCUGUACCAGGCUGUAUUGGAAAUACAGAAGUCCUGCCUGAGGCUCUGCUCUCCUGGUGUGAGUCUAGAGAACAUUUACAGUCUCAUGCUGACCCUCAUUGGACAAAAGCUAAAAGAUGUGGGGGUCCUGCAAAAAAGCACAAGUGAGAACCACCUCUUCAAGGCUGUUCGUAAAUACUGCCCCCAUCAUGUAGGGCAUUAUCUGGGAAUGGAUGUUCAUGACACACCGGAUGUAUCCAGAUCAAUUCCCCUCCAACCAGGCAUGGUGAUCACAAUUGAACCAGGCAUCUACAUUCCCGAAGAUGAUGUAAAUGUUCCUGAAAGAUUUCGUGGCAUUGGCAUACGUAUAGAAGACGAUGUUGUAGUAACUGAGAGUACACCAGUAAUCCUUUCUGCAGACUGCCCAAAGGAAAUAUAUGACAUUGAGCAGGUCUGUGGCUGCAGCCCUUGACUACUCUUAACUGCCUUUUACACCUUGCUCAGGUAAAACUCAGGAAAUAUACACUUUUAGGUAUAAUCAGAUCUUGUGUUAUCAUUAUAGUUCAGUUUUAAGAUUGAUAGUAGAAUUUCUCUUAAAAAUUUCUUUGUGGAAAUGUGUGCAAAUAUUUUAGAAAACAAAAGUGCUAUUGAAGUGAAUGAAAUAUAUUUUGAUGUUUGACAGGUAUUCUGGCUUGAUGCUAAUGGAAAAGAAUUCAGAUAUAGAAACUGGAUUCCAUGCCACUCUCUGAACUAUUUUUGCUCUUCUGUAAUACUGUAAUAGUAUUUCUGUUACAUACGCUGAUAUCUUGAAUUAUGGUUCAUUUAUUUAUUAUAGAGAAAGUGGAGGCUAAAUUUUAGUGUUCACAUAGAUGGCUCUAAAUUUUAAUUUCAAGAGACAAAAAGUAUUUUGUCUUUCAUCUUCUCUACCUUUUUUCAACUAUAUCAGUGCUAGCAUUUUGACUGAGUAAUAGAGGUCAUAGACAGUCAAGAGAAGGUUCUUUUAAAAAUACAAAACAGAGGCUUUAGUAUUUAGUAGACAUAUACAGAUAUCAAAAUGAGUCCUUUUUAUGUUUGUGACAAGCAGUGAACAGUCAGAUCCUAGGCAGAAAGCUCCCUCAAAGGCCAUCAACCAUAUGAAGUUAAGUACAUCUACAUCUCCAUAGAACUGAAUGUUUAUAUUACUCGACAACAGGCAGGUCAAUGGUCAAUUUUAGAUGUACAAGCUCUUCUGAUACAUAUACUUACUGCAUUCAGGAUGCUUGCUUCUGAGUUUGGAAUACUUUCACUUUACAUUUUUUGAACUUGUAACUUUCCUUUAACGCCUUAAAGAGACACUGAGAAUAAAAUAAAACAGGGGCAUUUUAGGAGUUUUUAACCGUACAUUUUAUGUUAUUAUAGAUGCCCCAAAACAAAAAUUUCUCACUCUGUCAAUGUAAUAUAUCAACAGAGAACAAAAGUAAAUAUAAAAAGUCAGCUAUUUUUCUGCAAGUAAAAACCCAAAAAUAAAUAACAGAAACUAACUAAAUGAAUGAAAUUAAAGCUUGAUACGGUUUUAGUAAGCUCAAGCUAAAUCUUUUAUCACAGAAAUCUUGUAAAGGAGUAAAUGUUACAAAACUAUCCAACAAACAGACUUUGUCUGAAAAGCACUUUUUGGAUCUCUGGAUUUAAGGUAUUAUAUUUAUACAGAAUAACAUUAUACAUAUUUAUAUAUAAUAUGCAAAUAUAUUUUUCUGCUAAGUACUCAAAAUAACUCUAGUAAUAGCAUCCUUUAAAAAUAGCAUUAAAAUUCAAGUUAACACAAUUUCUGAUUUGGGAGGCUUUUGCUCAUCCCUGAGUAUCAUCUUGUUAUAUCAUCCUUGAGAUGAUCACUGAGUGUAUGUACAGAUGCAUAUGUACAGAAAUGUAGUAUUUUAAAGGAGCAUGAGUAGAUAGGUAUAAGCAUUUGAUAAGAAAUACAAUUCUGAGCUGCUCCUCUGUGAGGCUGUAGUAUAAAAGAUACACCCAAGGGUGAUUUAUAUAGCUCUAUAUCACUCUUGGGUGAUCUAUGUAAUUCUGUGCCAGCCAAAUGUUAAGUUGCCCUUUCUUAGUUAAAAGCAGCACAUAUUCUUUCUGCCACAAGUCAACAUUCAUCUGCUGACAGAUAGAAUUUUAAUGUAUUACUGGCCCUUAGUGCUGGAAAACAGAACAGGAAAGGAGAACCUCACUUUUGGUAUAAGUCACCUGAAGAAGGACGCUGGCAAUUUAUAGCCAAUUUGAAGAAAACUGAGCUAGCACAAUAUAUUUGAAGCUUUUAAUAGGAAGGCAUUGCUCUCCAGCAUAAAGAAGUGAGCAAAAUAUAAAUACUUAACAAGGAUAAAAUCAUUUCAACUGGGAAAAGAAGGAUAUAAGAAAAUUAAGUUUUCUUUUUUCAUUCCCAAUAUUAGUUGCCUUUUGUUGCAAGUGCAGAUGUAUGAGUAUUUCGCCUGCUGGUUUACAAAUUAGAAAAUGAAACUGGAGAGUUUGAUUUUAUUCUCUGAACUUUGUAAUAUUGGACUUUUUAUCUUGUUUGUGAGUCCAGAGUUGUUUCUGUGGCCUAAAUCUAAAUGGUCCUUCAAAUUAGUGAGUAGACCCAUUGAAUUAACGGAAACACAGUUAAGAUGAUAUUUAAGUAAGGUCCAUUGAUUCAGUGGCUCUACUGUUUGAGAUUAAGGUUGGAUUUAGACUGACCUGAGGAAGCAUUUUUCAAAACAGAGAAAACAAAAAAAAUCUUGACGAAACUAAACGUCCCAUUGGACAUCUGCAGUGUUCAUCUCAUCAUUAGAAGAGCAGGACAGGACAGUGUACUGUUAAAGAUUGUACUGGUAUGUUUUGUUUCUAACCUUUGUGAAACAUGUGCAUUUGACUUUGUUAUUUUCCCCUUAAGUCCUAUCUGCUGUUCCAGAAGAAGUAUGAGCUGUGAAUAAACAGGUUGUUUUCA